AUGUCAUUAUUCAAUGCCAAGAACAAGAAUCGAAGGCCUAAGUUUCUUUUAUAUUUAGAAGUCAAGGAGCUUUCGAAUAUUCCACAAUCUUCAGGAUACUGUUAUGUUAAAUGGCAUUUAAAGGAUGGUACUGGGACGUCUUCGUAUCACGAUAAAGGUUCUAAGGAUGUUGCAGGGAACCAUGUUCCAUCAAGUAAUCAGAGUAAAGGUUCCACUCUACCGGUUAUGGUCAAGAAUCAUAAAGCUCAAUGGAAUUAUCGUUUAGAAUCGCCAGCAAGAGUAAAAAUGUUUGUGGAUAAAGAUAAGAACCUAUGCAGUAAGGUUUUAAUGUUGGAUAUUUAUUUUGAAUUUCUCGAUAGCGAAGGUUUAAAUGGAAAGAACGUAAUUCCGUCACCCAACUCAAGCAUCACGUCCAACCAUAAUAUAACUCCAUCGAGCGCAACUACCCCAACAAGCACUGUAUAUACGAAAAAGGUAUCGGGGAAGCUACUUCUCGGCGCUGUGAGCACUGAUCUUGUUGAAUACGUUAAUGGGCAGCAAACAGCGACUACUAAGAGGCUUUUAUUACAAAAGUCUAAAAUUAAUUCUAUUCUGACAAUAAACAUACAAAUGCAGUUGAUACGAGGAACUUACGAUGACUUCAAUUUACCACUUUCCAUAAGACCUGCUGGGAAUAGCAGGAUUGGGUUGAAUGAGAUGUUUGAGGAAACUGCGUCUGAUUUUGCAUCUCCUGUAAUUAGUAUCCCACAUCCUUCUAGAGCCAGCUCUCCUUCAAUUAGCGUGACUAGUGCACUACACCAUACGGCUACUUCUCCUUUGAGACGACUUCCAAAAUAUGAUGGCCUAUUAUCGAUGACUUUUAGUAAUCCUUUGAUAGAAAAGUUGUAUCAAAAGACAUUUCAAGUUUCAUGGGACCGCAGACCUGGAGAAUUUACUCCACGAGAAUGUGUAGAGGAUAUAAUAGAUGGUGGAGAUGGGUGGGCGAAGAAUGAAUUGGGACUAAAUGUGAUGGAUUUGCAGUUCAUCUGUGACGAAGAUGGGAGUAAAAUCAAUUAUAUGCACUCAACCCCUAGACCAUUAUUGGAUCCAUCUUCACCUCCUAUGCUAAUUAUGCCUACUCCUCGACUAGCUGUUUCACACACAAAUAAAAACAUAUUGAGUCCUGAGGCGCGUGAUGACUGGGAAUUGUUAAGUGCCAGGCAAAGGAAACAAAUCAGGGCUAAAUGCAAAAGGGGGCUUUCACUCAAAGCUCUAAAAAGUUCCGAAGAAGAUAACGUUGAUGCAUCUGUAGACGAAACAUCUCCUCAGCAGCUAAAGGACGAUCGAAGUUGGAAAAUUAAUCACAUCCUACCUUAA